GAGCUGCCAGAUAUUUUGAGCGAACAGAAGGGUUCCGUGAUUGUUACUGUGCAUCUUCGUCAUAGCUCCCCUUUCUCCUAGAACUAUGGCGUGCAAACACGUCGAUUCCCCUGACCUUUGUCCUCCUGGCCCAACGCAGUCCGUUUAUCGCGAAGAUUGUACGCAAUGCUUCGAUUCUAUCGAUGACCCAACCGGACUGGACGUUUGUUUAUAUUGCUACAAUGGCGGUUGCACUGCAGAUCGGUCGCACGCUCGUCUUCACUGCGAAACGUCGAAACAUCCUCUAGUCGUAAACAUCAAGCGCACAAGAAAGAUUGUAAAGCGAGAUGAGCCUCCGCAAAAGAUGUCUAGGUUAGCUAUAGCUGCAGAGACUGAGAACGACCGCUACGACACUGUUACGAGAGUGAAAUGUUAUGAAUGCGGCAUCGAGGACGUGGAUACAAGCUUGGGGAAGCUCUCUCAGGUUGUAGAUGGAGUACUCAAGGCAAAUACAUUCGCAAAGCAAGAGGAGGUCAAAGCCUGGGAGCAAGAACUCACAGCUUGUGAGCAUACCUUAUGUCUAGAGCAAGAAGCGGCACGACAGAUCCAGUCUGGCGACCUUGGACACUGUUCUGCGUGCGAUCUCAAAGAGAAUCUAUGGCUCUGCUUACAAUGUGGUAACCUUGGGUGUGGUCGCGCUCAAUUCGGUGGCAUUGGUGGAAAUUCGCACGGUCUGGCCCAUAAGGAUACUUCUGGACAUCCCGUGGCAGUGAAACUUGGAUCUCUCACUGCCGACGGGACUGCUGAUAUAUAUUGUUACACCUGCGAUGAUGAGCGGAUAGAUCCUGAGCUUCCGAACCAUCUCGCACACUGGGGCAUCAACAUUAAGGACCGCCAGAAGACUGAAAAGAGUCUUACAGAGAUGCAGAUAGAGCAGAAUUUGCGAUGGGAGUUCUCGAUGACUACGGAGGAUGGUAAAGAGAUGACGCCUUUGUUUGGCCCUGGAUUCACUGGACUGAAGAACCUGGGCAACAGCUGCUAUCUUGCUAGUGUUCUUCAAUGUCUUUUUGACAUGCCCGAGUUCAACAAACGGUUCUAUCACCCACACGAGAAGCCUCCCUCAACACCCACCCCUGCUGAAGACCUUGAAACACAACUGUGCAAAAUCGCUGACGGUCUGCUAUCUGGCCGAUAUUCCAAGCCAGACAGCGACGUCACAGUCUCGGAACAGAGUCCGGAAGUACCACAUCAGAAGGGCAUAGCACCAGCAAUGUUGAAACACCUCAUCGGACGCGGACAUGCGGAGUUUUCCACCAUGAGACAACAAGAUUCGUUUGAGCUGCUUCUUCAUCUGCUAAAACAAAUCUCUCGCACGCAACAUGUUGCACCUUUUCAAGAUCCCGUGGAUUCGUUCCGGUUCACCAUGGAGCAGAAGCUUCAGUGUCUGGCCUGUAAAAGGGUAAAGUAUCAGACAGAAGAGUACGAAAACAUUUCAAUACCAGUACCCAUUCGACGUAUACCACGAGAUACUAAGAUGGAUGCCGUAGACAGCCAGGGCAAAGAUGUUGACAGGGAAGAGUUCGAGCCUGUUUCCAUCAAGGAAUGCCUGGAUACCUUCACAGCGCCCGAGGUAGUCGAAUUGACGUGCGCAUCCUGUGGAAGUAAAGACGGCUUCACUAAACAAAGUCUUUUCAAGACCUUUCCGCAGGUUCUUGCAAUAAAUGCUCGCCGAUUCGAAAUUGUCAACUGGGUACCUACGAAGCAGGAUGUCCCGGUGGUCGUGGAUGACCACUCGUUCCCCUUAGAUGCCUAUAAAUCGAACGGUCUACAGUCGACAGAGGAGCUACUCCCCGAGGGCAAUGCCAGCGGUAGCGCUCCAGAGUUUGUUCCUGACAAUGCAGCGAUGGCCUCACUGUCGGCAAUGGGAUUCCCUGAGGUUCGUUGCGCCAAAGCACUGCAUGCUACAGGUAAUUCCGACGCGGAGGCUGCAAUGAAUUGGCUCUUCGCACACAUGGAAGAUCCAGACAUUGAUGAGCCCAUGGAUCUCAUACCGGCAGCAGAAGCUGCCACAGGGACUGGCUCAGUCAUCGACCCUGAGAAGAUUGAGUCACUGGGCGCAAUGGGCUUCAACGCACCGCAAGCACGACAAGCAUUGAAAGAGACGGGAGGUGACAUGGAACGUGCAGUAGACUGGCUGUUCAGUCAUCCUGACGCUGCCGGCGAUUUCGGAGAUGACACGGGUGAUCAGAGUAAUGCAGGGCCAGAUGGAACCAAGGAAAGGGUUGUUCCUGGAAAUGCCACGCUUCCAGCCAACUUCCAGCUGCAAUCCAUCGUAUGCCACAAAGGGUCGUCGAUCCAUGCAGGGCACUACGUAGCGUUCGUUCGCAAAGAGAUACCGGGGGAGAACAAGUCCUCUUGGGUACUGUACAAUGAUGAAAAGGUCGCUAAAGGGGCGGAUGCAGAGGAGAUGAAGAAGUUUGCCUACAUCUACUUCUUUAGACGCGUGUAACAGUGUGCGAUUAAUGCAAUGAUACACUUCCAGGUUGAUCAGUGAUGAAGGUAUGAUGUAGUAGUAUGAAGCAUAGCAAGGCGCAAGUUGGCGGGCAGCGGUUGAUGUUGAGAAUCCAUCACCUCUGAUGAGCUGAUCAGAGGGUCGUCUCUAGGUAUUCAUGUAGCGAGAUCAUAAUCAGAUACACAACCUCGCAAAUCAUGCACAUCGAUUAUUGAAG